AACGAAACAGAAAAAAAGAGAAAAAAGAAAAAGAAAUGGCCUCGUCGUCGUCGUCGUCAUAUCUCAUCGUCGGAGCGGGCGUGUUUGGAAUCUCGACAGCCUAUCACCUCAUCAAGAAAUAUCCCCAUGCGUCCAUCACCGUCGUAGACCGGGACGCAUACGACGCCGAAAGCAGAGUGGCCGCCUCCUGGGACUGGAACAAAGUGGUCCGCGCCGACUACGACGACAUUGUAUACUGCAGACUCGCACUCGAAGCACAAGACAUUUUCCGCACCGAAGAUCUCUGGAAACCAUAUUACCACGAAACGGGAAUUUGGUGGGCGUGUCGGAGUGAUUAUGCGCAAUUGGUUCUCGACAAUUAUAAGAAAUUGGGUAGACAAGCAGAUCUCAAAGCCGUUUCUAUCGCAGAGGCCAAAACUCUCUUUGGAGGACUCUUCAACGAAGCAGAUUAUGAAGGCGUCAAAGAAGUUCUUUUGAACAAAACUAGUGGAUGGGCUGCUGCAGGAGAUUGUCUUCGCGCCGUCACCAAAAAAGCCAUCGAGCUGGGCGUCAAAUACGUCGUUUCGGAAGUUUCCACUCUUCAAUUCAACGACCAAGAAGACUGCAUCGGAGUCAAACUUGCAAAUGGAACAUCUCUCACCGCCACCCACACCAUCCUCUGCACAGGAGCCUUCACCUCCAAACUCCUCGAAAUCAGCGCCCAAGCCAGCAACAACCCAUCCCUCCGCUCUGGCGAUCGAAUUCUCGCAGCGGGAAUUACCACUGGAAUGACAACUCUCUCCGACUCCGAUUAUGCCCAAUUCCAAAAUAUGCCCGUCGCCGUCCAAGGGUAUACAGCAUCCACGGGCCCCUUCAUCGGAAGUCUUCCCCCGACGAAAAAUUCUCGAGAAUUGAAAUGGUGGGGUCAAACGAUUUUUAGCAAUAAUCAGGAAAUUUUUCCCGGGAGAUUUAUUUCUGCUCCGCCUAGCGGAAAAGAUUAUCGCCAGUGGGAGGUUUCGGAGAGGAUGAAGGGGGAUAUUGGAUUUGCGAAGAAGGUGUUUUAUGGGAAAAAGGGAGAUGCUUGGAAAUUUGAUAAGUAUAGGGUUUGUUGGGACGCAUUCACCACUUCCGCCGACUUUAUCAUUUCACCCCACACUCGCGGCAUCCUCCCUCCUCCCUCUCCCCAAGGACAACAACGACAAAAACAAGCAAAAGGCCUCUACAUCGCCACAUGCGGAAACUUCCACGGCUGGAAAUUUUUCCCCGUGCUCGGCAAAUAUAUUGUGCAAAUGCUCGAGGGAGAAUUAGAGGAGGAAUUGGUGCGGAAAUGGGCUUGGGAUCGUGAGAGACCGGAUGCUUCGAAAAAUCCGGAUUGGCCGAGGGCGGAGAUGAGGAGUUUGUUGGAUGGGGAUUCGAUGGGAAGAGGUGGAGGGGUGAGGGCGAAGUUGUGAGGUUGGGUUGGGUUGGGUUGGGGGUGGCUUUUAUGAGUUUAUGAUGAUGUAUACCCGAGAUGGAAUUGGGAAGAGGUAUACCUUUGGUAGAGGUAUGAGGACGGGUCUUUCUGUGCAUACGACAAUGUUUUUUCAUAUAAUUAUUAUC